GUAAAAAGGGCUGUAACAGUUUUCUGAUACUUGUAAAAGUAUGCAAUAUUGAAAUUUGUGAGUGUUCGAAGUGCGUGAAACCAACAAUUGAACAUGGAAACUGUUGUGGCUUUCAACAAUGAGCUCUCCGGACUCUAUGACAGCCGACCGCCCAUAUCCAAGGCCAAAAUGGCCGCAAUUACGAAGUCAGCAAUGCGAGCCAUCAAGUUCUAUAAGCAUGUCGUCCAGAGCGUGGAGAAGUUCAUAUUGAAGUGAAAGCCGGAGUACAAGGUGCCGGGCCUGUAUGUUAUCGACUCGAUUGUGCGUCAAUCGCGCCACCAGUACGGGCCCGAGAAGGAUGUAUUCGCCCCCCGCUUCCAGCGAAUCCUCACAGAGACCUUUGCCAAUCUCUUCCGCUGUGCUCCCGAAGAUAAGAGCCGCAUCAUUCGCGUCCUCAAUCUCUGGCAGAAGAACAAUGUCUUCAAGUCGGACGUCAUCCAACCCAUCUUCGAUCUGGCCGACCCCAACCACCCCAUUUACCAUCAAAUGCAAAUGCAAAUGCAAAUGGGCGGUGGAGUCGGACCCGGUGGCAAUGUGGGGCCUGGUCCCAGCAGCAGUGGCGCCCUUAGUCUGGCCGAUAUCUCCAGUGGGCCUAAUGGCCUCAACACCUCUGGAUUGAGCAACAUGGACCUGAGCAUGAACAGUGGCGCGGGAGACGACAAAAUGGGCGGGGUGCCCGAUUUAUCGAUGGGUCAUGAGAAAUCCUACGGUGGCGGUGUCAGCAGCAGCAGCUUAAAGCGUCAUCAUUCGGAUCAGCAUUAUAUGAAGCGUCAAUCGGGAUCGUCCAGCAAGUCGCAUCAUCACAAAUAUAGCAAGACCUCGCACGAAAUCGACUACGAUGUGCGCUCGAUCAUGGACUACGAGGAGGACAACAUGCAGCGGAUGAUGGCCGAUGAUCAUCAUCAUCAUCAUGGCCAUCACUGCAUGGGCGACGACUCGCCCCCUACUUCAUCCAAUCUGCUAGACAACAACAAUCUCAAACAACUGCUCAACGAUCCGAAUGUGCUGCGACAGCUGCAGACACUGCAGAAUUUCCAGAAGUUCAAGCAACAGGAGGAAAACCAAAAGAUGCGCUACCAGGACGAUGCCCUCCAACAGCAUUUGCAGAACGUGUUGAAGGGCACUGCUGGCAUGCCCCCUGGGAUGGGAAUGGGCUUGGGCAUGGGCAUGGGCAUGAACCUCAACCACAGUGAUGGGCAGGACAUGAACAAGGACGUGGAGUUCAUAUCGGAGCAGCAGUCGAUUGAGGAUAGUACUCAUAGUACCCAUAGCAAUAAUAUUCAAAACAAAGUAAAGGAAAGAAACAUGAAAAAGCAGCUAUACGGAACUCCGCGGGAGUCAUCGCCAGGAUUCCGCCGGCUAUGUGCAGACAGCACGCAAAAGUCUUUUUUUGGCGGGAACUCGAACUGCUCUACACCUUCAGGGAGUUUGAAAAAAACUGCCCUGCACAAGAGCCGGCAUAGUUUGUCCGGGCGAUCUACCCAAUCGAUACCCGGCAUCCGGUCGGACUACAAUGUUGUGGAGAGCUUUGGUUUUCCCCUGCCCGUCGUAGUGAACGAGGCAUUGACCUUUGUGGGAUCUGCUGCAGGAGCCGUUUCUGCGAAGGUUGCCCAAAAUGGCUGGGCUUGGGUUGUGCACGGUCGCCGACUUUUAAUUUGGCAGUACAAAGAGACGUCCAAGGGUGCCAAGCAACCUAGACGGGGAGGUGGCUUGUCCCAAUGCCGCGAACUACCACUGCCCUACUCCGAUUUAGGGUACAACAGUGAGUUGAUUAGUGUACUCCAGACAGACGGCCAGCAAAUGGCAUCCUGCAUAGCAGUUUCUGCAACGGGAGAUGUGCGCUAUUGGCCAUAUAUUGCCCACGACGGGAAUAACGUGAAUCUACCGAUCCUAACCGGUCAGGACUUCGUUCAGAUCAUAAAUCUACCAUUGCAACAGGGCUACCUUGCUGUGACCUCAACUUGCACAUUGGUAUUUCUCAGCGUAGGCCUCACCAACGGCCGAUACUCGUUGCAGCACAAGACCAUAAAGCCGCCCACCAGUUUGCUUGGUGGCUUUAGCAAGAAAUUUUCGUCCAUGCUUAUUGGAAUGAACACGGGCAGCGACAAGGAUCCGCUCUUGGUUGGCAUGGGCUGCGAGAGAAAUUCUCCUGAAGGUGAAACCGUGGUGGCUGUGCUGUCGGAUCAUUCGAUCCAGCGCUGGAGUUUGUCAAGCAAAGGGAAUACAGAACAUUUACUCCACGAGAAUGAAGAGGUGGUGCGCCGGAUUCGCGAAGAGUUUAAGCAAAAGUUCUGGAAUCUCCGUACUCCCGCGGACAAUGUGGAAAUCGAGUUGCUUCUGCUGGACUUUCAUAUCGUAGAUGACAAGGCUUACAUAUUGGCUGGAGCUGUUAACGCUGCCCACGCUCCACAGAUGUGCUAUGCCGUUGCUGUGGCCAGUGUCCAAGCGAACAGCAUACUUUUGGAGUCAUUCACACCCCUUAAGUUGAAUAAAUUUUACAACGCCAAGACUAAAGAGGAUUGCGUCAGCCUUCGCUUCAUAAUAGGGAGCAGCCACAUCUACCUCUACACCCCAAAGGUGGUCUAUCCGUUGCUCUUGGCAAACGCCGUACCCACAGCCGAACUUGAGGCGGAGAAGAUUGAAUUUCAUUUGCACGACGAUCGAAUUCUAUGUGCUGCCGUCUGCAGUCGACUGCCGAUGUUCUUUAGCCGCACACACGGACUGGUUUCAAUCACACCCGGCGACUUUGAUGCCAACGAGCUGCAGAAUAUGAGCACCUGCAAUACACCAGAUCUGUUUGCACCAGCUAUGCUCGGUAGUUUCAGUGCACCCGAUCAGUCUACACUGACCGCAGUAACUGGCAGCAGCAACAAUCUGCACAUGUUCGAACUGGAUCCGGAUGAGCUAUACAGCGAUCUAAGUGACGAAGUGGGCCAGUUAAAAGCUGCCUUCGUGUACCACCUGAAGCGUAAUAACAACAUGGUGAAGACAAUUAUCGGGGAGCUUGUGCGCACUGUCAAUGAGCCCGAUCAAUGUGGUGCGCCCUUGGAUGCCUACAAGUUGGAUAGAAUUGUCAUCACAAUAGCGGAGGACUUGGCCGAGGAUUUUCCAAUCGCCGAUCCACGCUGGGAAGAGGCUCUGGGCGAUCACGAUGGCAAUCGUCAUGCGUUGGGGAGCUCACGCUCUAUGCAAAUCAUCAAUCAGCUGCGUGACAAAACCCUUGCCUUCGAUCACUUUGCCUUAUUUCUUCAUGCCAGCGGCGUUUGGAAGAAGCUCAAUGCCAUACCCUGUGGUAGUAAUGUGCUGAAGCCGACAAGCUUUAUUUUGUCCGAUAUUAGCGAGAAAAUAGUGGCUGCCAUGGCACUGCGCUCCUUACAGGCCAAACAACCAAAAAUCAUCGAGCAUGCCAUCGAUGCCACUGUCGCCAUGUGGGAUGAGAAGCCCAAUGGCAACCUAACCACCCAGGAUAUAUUCUAUGUGAAACUGUGCAAAUUCCAGUUUGUAUUCGAGGCGCUAGCCGAAAUGGCUGACAAUCAGAUUUCAGCUCAGAGAGAUACCACGGUAAUGGUGGCCCAAUUUCUCAACGAUACCAAUUCCAUCGUCCUGGAUACACUGGGCCAGGUGUUUAUGCAUCGUGAGCAGCAGGCGAACAACUUCACACCGCACAAUGACAGACUGGCCGCCUGCGAAAACCUUCCCUGGACGGCCAUGUCGGGAAGUGCUGGAGUUCGAGACACUCUCAACCGACUUAUAGACCUCAGCCUGCGCUAUGGUUCUGUAGCGGGCCUGAAGCGACGUAGAAGAAGUCGAUAGGUUUGGCGGGAAGGAUUAAUCGGCUAAGAUUUGAAAGAAAAA